AUGGACAAUCUACAAUAUUCGCAAAAGUACACCACCAAGAAACACGCUAAUGGCGAUGGUGCUGGCGAUUUUUCAUUUCUCCCCGUUAUCAUUCCCUUUGUCAUUGGCUAUAAGGGUAACAAGACAGAUGGAAAGUGGAAGAAUAAUAAUGCUUGGAACCAUCAUGUACAAGUCAUGAUAUACUCAUCACAUUAUGAUGCUGCUACACAGCAGAUCUUAGAUGAUACCCCUAUUCCUAAUAUUGCACUUUUGGCGUCAAUAGUGAUUGUAUUCUAUUGUUGGAGCGGAUUGGAGAAUGCAGUACUCAUGCUACAGUAUAUGCAUGACCAUCAGAGACAUUCCAUUAUUGUAAAUGUUGAAGCAGUAUGCUUCAACACUCAAAUGUCAGAUGAGGCAAACCCUGCCUCUAUGUUUACUGGCAUAUCAAACCAUUGUGUAAAUUUCAAUUGCAAUGAACCCAUAUCCAGUAUUAUCCACAUGCUUUCAAAUACCGAUCAUGAUAUUAUUUGA